CACAGCAUGACAGCGCUAACCUAACGUGCAGCAGUCUGUAGCAGUUCGGAGCACUGAUCGUGUGAGUUUGUCAGGUGCAAGAAUGAGAGAGAGACAACCUUGUGCAUUUUGUGGAUCUUUCAUACUUUAGUGCUCUGGCUUGAUCGAGAUUGCAUUGUAGCCGUUUUGGAUUAUGAUCCAGUUUGCUGUUGGAAAAUCAGGGAUCUGCUGCCUCAUCUCGUCUCUGUAGCAGCUCUCGAUCUGAAGCAGUGCCGAGAUGCUGGCGUCGUGUGGGCCGAACAGACUUGUGAUCCGAAAAUACUCAUUUUGACAAUGAAUAAAUAAUGCUCAGCAGAGGGACGGGGUGUUGAUCGGCAGCACAGUUGGAGUGUCUGGGCACACUGGACACAAUAGGCCGUUUUGUUCCUGUGGAUUUGCUACGUCUUCAGGCAGCCAGCAGCAGCAACGUGCCAUGGCGACGGCAGGACGCACGUCGAGCUCUGCUACUGUUAUCAGCAGUGUGAGUGAGAGCACAGGACUAAAUGUGGGUGGUCGUGCAGCAGCCGCCCUGGCGUCCGGAUCCUCCAUCAAUUUAAAUGAGUUCGAAAUGGACUGGUCGUCGCAGGCCAGAGAUAGGAGCCACAUCUGGAUCGAUGCUGAGGGAAAAGAUCACUUGUGCUAUUCGUGCGGAGAGGGCCGCUCGUCGACGCGAGGCGCCCGCCAGAAAUGCAUGGUGUGCAAGGUAGUGGUGCACAAUGCCUGUACGCCCGAUCUCCUCCUGAACGGCGUGCUGUGCCGACGUACGUUCACGGAGUGCCAACAGGAGACGGAGGACCUUAUCAACGAUCACCACUGGGUGCGGCAGCGCAAAGCCAUGGGCAGAUGCUUCCUGUGCAGCAAGCACAUCAUAACCAAGCUGCUAAAGUCGUCGCGUGACUUCCACGCCAUCGGCUGCUCAUGGUGCAAACAGCAGUUCCACCUGAGCUGUUACAUGUCGGACCCGGGCAUUGCCCGCAGCCCGUGUCACAUGGGAGAGUUCCGUUCGUUCAUCGUACCGCCACAGUGGAUCAUUCGCCUGCUGAGAGCCAGACACUCGGCGAGGCGAGGUGCACGACCGUCCAAGCAGCGCAAGUCCCCGUUCAUUAUACGCCGCUUUGGCAGCGACAUGAUCAAGCCGCUCCUGUGCUUCGUCAAUCCAAAAUCAGGUGGUAACCAGGGAGCCAAGGUCUUGGCAAGGUUGCUAUGGCUACUGAAUCCUCGGCAGGUGUUUAACUUGCUGCAGGGCGGACCGGAGUUUGGAUUACAGCUUUACGGCAAGCUGCCGCGACUGAGAAUCCUGGUGUGUGGUGGAGAUGGCACGGUCGGAUGGGUGGUGUCGGUGAUCGACCAGCUUGGGAUCAAGCCGUGUCCACCGAUUGCCGUGCUGCCGAUCGGCACCGGCAACGAUUUGUCUCGCACGCUCGGCUGGGGCGGGAAGUACUCCGAUGAGUCGCUGAUCCGUAUCCUGCAUCGCAUCUCCACUGCUGCCGUGGUGCGGCUCGAUCGCUGGAACCUGUUAUGUCAGCCGGGAGCACCAGCGCCGGAGGUCUUGAAUGAUCAUGGCGAGGAGAGUGUCCAAGGUGCCGAGAAACCACCUCUCGCCGUCUUCAACAACUAUUUCUCGAUUGGUGCGGAUGCCCUGGUGGCGUUGGAGUUUCACGAGUCGCGCGAGGCCAAUCCGGAGCGUUUUAACUCUCGCUGGUUCAACAAGAUGUUCUACGCCGGUGCUGGCGGGAAAGAGAUUCUGGAACGAAAGUCACGUGACUUCAGCAAGUAUGUCGGGGUUCUUGCUGAUGGUGUGGAUCUAACUCCGCUUAUCAGACAAGAGCGGCUUGCGGCUGUUGUCUUUCUCAACAUCACGCACUAUUCAGCCGGUACAAAGCCAUGGGGUACGGGAGACACGGAAUAUGGUGAAGCACGGUUAGACGAUGGCCUGAUCGAGGUGAUUGGUCUCAACUCGAUGACAAUGGCUGCGCUACACCUGGGCAGACCAGGUGUGCGUAUUGCGCAGGCCAGGGAGGUCACCAUCAUCACAUCACGUGCACUACCAGUGCAGGUGGAUGGAGAACCGUGCCGCCUUGCGCCGUCCACGCUGCAGAUAAAGUUUCACAACCAGGCCAACAUGCUGGCGAGGGUGAAGGCGUCCGGCAACGACCCAGCGGCGCUGGCUGCCGGCUCCGCUAUCGCCAACCUCGGCGAGCUGGUGCAGUCCAUGCCCUCGUCUCUUGCGCACUCGCACUCCACGCAUUUCCUGCCCGGCGACAUGGCCAGUGGGACGGCGGCCGCGGUGGACGACGACGAGGUAGCACCCGUACCGGCAACGCUCCUCAAGCAGGAAGACAUCGGCGACACUUGCAACGGCGGCUUGGCGAACCCGGUUGCGCUGCACGAGGGCCUGCGCGAGAAGUACUCGCUCACGUCGUCCUCGAGAAGACGCGGCCGCCCUGGCGGCGACGUGGAGGAAGACGACGAAGUCGAGGAGUCGUCUGACAACGAGAGUGGCGACAACAGUCCCGAGCUGCGCGAUCAAGUUGUCUACCAGCCGGCACAUCCUCCCUCGCCGCUGAGCCUCUCCAAUACGGACAUGCACCUGGGGAUCAAGCCACGCUCCGUAUCAUCAUCGUCACCGCUGGGCGUGAUUAAUAACAAAGUUGGUCCACCUCGCUUAUUAUCCAUGCCGCUGACGAUGACCAUGGCAGACUCCUCUGAACAGGAACAGCAGCCGCAGAAAGAGUCCGCGCAUGCAGAACUGUGCGAACAACACUCCGUGGAGUCUCACCAGUACAAGCUUCGCCGUAAUGAUGCGGAGAAAGAAGAAGAUGGAUGGCGGGAGGAGGAGAGGGACGUGCCGUACCGAAAACGCAGCGAGUGCCGAGCGAGGCUGCCACUUCGACGAGCCAAGACGACCGCUGAUAUAGCUCCUGGUGGUGAUGCCAAUAGUGACAGUGUAGUCCAAAGUAAGAGUCCGGCCAGUGUAACUCUUCCUGUGCAGCGUCCAUCGCUGGCUCGUACGGAUACGCGGUCAAACAGUCGCACGGAUCUAGACCUUGCACGUCUGCUCAACACGGACUCUCUGGUGGCCAUCUCGCACGAGCAGAUCGACAUGGACCACUCUCUUGUCAACGCCUGCAAGCAAGGUAACGUGGACAUUGUUCGCGGACUGCAUGAGCUGGGCGCGUCGCUGACUAAUUUCGACGAGCAGGGUCUGAUGCCGCUGCACCAUGCCGUGCGUCACAAUCGCCUCUCCGUAGUCGUCUACCUGCUACAGCAGCUGCCCAAGGCCAGGCUGGCCGUGGUGGACAUGCGCAAGAGACAGACGGCGUUGCACAAGGCUGCUUGGUAUGGCUACAUGGAUAUUGCUAUGGAAUUGGUCAAGGCCGGCUCGCCGUUAUUGCCUCGCGACUACGAGGGCCUAACAGCGUAUCAGCGUAGCCUGGCGUCACCCAACACCGAACUGCAUCGCUACCUGCUGGAGCUAGAGCAGGACAGAACGCGGGGCGACACCGAGGAGUCACGUCUCUGAGGAUGUGUAUGUGUGUGUGCGCCACAGAGUAAGUUGUACAUUUCCCCCGCGUCGUCGCUGUCGGCUGACUUUGUCUCCUACCCGCCGCUGUCUUCAUCGAGCACUAACACACACACACACUGGUGUGUUUCUCUGUAGUAGUCACAGUACGACUAGUCCUCCUCUGUGCUGCUGCUGCUGCCGAUGCAGUCAUUGCUAGCAGUGCUGGUGUAGUGCUUUGCGGAGCUGUGCAGUGCUAUGCAGUGCUCUACAGGGCAGUGUUGAGCCAGUGUGCAGUGGUGUACAGUGCAGUACAGUGCUGUGCUGUGCUGUGCUGUGCUGUGCUGUGCUGUGCUGUGCUGUGCAAUGCUAGUGCUGUACAGAGCGGUGCGGUGCUGUGCAGUGCUAUGCAGUGCCGUGCUAUGCAGUGCCGUGCUAUGCAGUGCUAUGCAGUGCUCUAUCGAGGAGUGUUGUGCCAGUGUUCUACAGAGCUGUACGACGGCAUUGAUUGUUGAUCUGCGCUGGUCGCCGUCCCGUCAAGUUAGUGUUAGUGUAGUAACCUGCCUGCCUGCCUGGCCCAGUCCCAGUCAUCUCUAUCUAGCAUUGCAUAAUUGUUAGUUGGAAAGUCUGGCGUAUAGCACUUCUACUAUUAGUGGCAAGCGUUCUAGUAGCGACUGUGUCCAUCUCUGUCGAUGCUUCUCGCAUCUACUUCCGCUUGCCGCGAGGCGAGCAUUGCAUCACCACGGGAGGUUGCAUUGCGUGUUGUUUGGGAAGACUGUCAUCUCUCACUCUCGCUCUGCCUUCCAGUGUGAUGCUACACCGCUGAGCGGCGACUGCUCGUUUCAUGCCACUGAAACUGUCCGUUGUAUCUCCAUCGUGACCAUCAGUCUCCUCUGAGCGCGAGUGUAGUGGCAGUCUCGACUGCCGUACGUACCCGCCAUGCUCCCCUUGAAUCUCCUUCGCUCUCCCUCUGCUAGUUCGCCCCGGACAUUUCCGUGUCGGCACUCCGUAGUCACACAGCGCGUGUGUUGGAUAUCACCCGUGCAGGUACCGAUCUCAUACAUGUCGCCCACAGCAGAGUACCACACCCUCAGCCGUAACCGGAGCUAAAUCAGCACAUUAUAAAUAUCAGGCACACUCACUCCCACCGAUAUAUUAUCUAUAUAUAUCUCUCUCUAUAUUAUAUUGUUCCCGUACAUUUUCUUCUCUACUCCGCCAUUUCAGCUACAUAGUAACACCUAAUUUACUGACAUAAUCCCGGCUUCCCAGCGCUAAUCUCGUCGUUCACUUCCUUAUCCUCAUAGUUUGUGUUCAGCGAUACUAACUGAUGUCAUAUUUGUAAUGGUUCUCAGCUAAUAUCACGCCACUGCCUAACAUGGUGGGCACAUGAAUUUGCCAGACUAUGAUAAAGACCUAUCGAUCAUGCCUAGACCUAUUUCAAACCCCUGGAGUUCUGCCAGCCAGCGGCUUUAUAUAUGCUGCUCGCCACGUGUUCCUGAUGUAGACGUCCGGGUGGGCUGACUAGAACUUACUGGCCUCUCUGCCCAUGCCGAUAUGCCUGCCUCGAGUGCACACGCGCCCGGAUCAUAAGCCCUGACUAGGCGCACCCCACGAAAGCAAAGCUGUCCGAUUUUGCUUUGCGCUGAUUCUGUUUUUAUUACGACUUGCGGCAUUGCGUUUUUUAUUCCCUCCCGGCCUAUUAUUGACGCCAUUUCUUGACUGCUUUUCGCAAUCCUACCAUGCUACCAUUCUGAACAGCCUAACACACAUAAUUCUUUUUAGAAACCCCAUUCUUUCUCCUCCAGCGUCACGUCACCUCUUCUGCUGCCUGCUUCGCCCUCUCCCUCCCCGUUUUUACAUUGCUGGCUUCUUGAGACCGACCAUGACAUCCUCUUCAUUUGCAAUCGUUUACAUGCACAUGCGUUGUAAAAAUUAAUUCAUUUCUCGUUGUAUCGUGUGAAUACAUUACACCCAUAGUGGCAUGAUCACAGUUUUAAUCUUCAGAACAUCUUUCGUACUUUCCAACAGCAUUCUAUUGCCUCUCUUGGUCUUCCAUUUUUACACUGCAUAUCUUUGUCAGGUUUAUGAUGAAAUCCUA